AUGGGAGCUAUCGCUGGAGAAGAGCUGCUGAAAUGGGAAAAGAUGCAAGGAGUGAGUGGCCGCGAAGAGAAGAUUCUUGUGUCAAUAAGGUUGAGACCUCUGAAUGAGAAGGAAAUUUCUGCUAAUGAAUCUGCAGAUUGGGAAUGCAUUAAUGAUACUACCAUCUUAUAUCGGAACACACUGCGCGAGGGUUCCACUUUUCCAAGCGCCUACACAUUUGACAAGGUAUUUCGGGGUGAUUGUGCCACAAGGCAGGUAUACGAGGAAGGAGCCAAAGAAGUUGCUCUUUCAGUUGUUGGUGGAAUUAACUCAAGUAUUUUUGCAUACGGGCAAACAAGUAGUGGAAAGACAUACACGAUGAUUGGAAUAACGGAAUACGCUGUUGCUGAUAUUUUUGACUAUAUAAAGAGGCAUGAAGAAAGAGCAUUUAUAUUGAAGUUUUCAGCAAUUGAAAUUUACAAUGAAAUUGUUAGAGACCUCCUCAGUACUGACAACACUCCACUUAGGCUACGUGAUGAUCCAGAGAGAGGGCCCAUUUUAGAGAAACUCACAGAGGAGACUCUACGAGACUGGGAGCAUUUAAAAGAGCUUAUAGCCUUCAGUGAAGCUCAGAGACAGGUGGGAGAGACAUACCUAAAUGAAAAGAGUUCUAGAUCUCACCAAAUUAUCAGAUUGACAAUGGAAAGUUCUGCCAGGGAAUUCCUAGGCAAAGGCAACUCAGCCACCCUAGUAGCUAGUGUGAAUUUUGUUGAUUUGGCCGGGAGUGAGCGUGCAUCUCAGGCAUCAUCAGCUGGGAUGAGACUGAAAGAAGGUUGUCAUAUAAACAGGAGUUUACUUACUCUUGGAACAGUUAUUCGUAAGCUUAGUAACGGAAGACAUGGGCACAUCAAUUACAGAGAUUCCAAGUUGACACGUAUACUGCAGCCUUGCUUGGGUGGAAAUGCUAGAACGGCUAUCAUUUGCACUUUAAGCCCUGCAAGAAGUCAUGUUGAUCAAACCAGAAACACACUACUAUUUGCUUGUUGUGCAAAAGAAGUCACCACUAAAGCACAGGUUAAUGUCGUGAUGUCUGACAAGGCCUUGGUCAAGCAUUUGCAGAAAGAGGUGGCUAGAUUGGAGAGUGAGUUGAAAACUCCUGGUCCGGCCACCACCAAUUGUGAUUAUUCAGCAUUGUUGAGAAAGAAAGAUCUCCAGAUAGAAAAGAUGGAGAAGGAGAUUAGGGAGCUAACCAAGCAACGUGACCUUGCUCAAUCAAGGGUUGAAGAUUUGCUGCGCAUUGUCGGAAAGGAGCAGAUAUCUCGAAAAGAAGGGGAAGAUAUAUGGGAAGAUGACUGUUCAGUGUCAGAGUCAUCGAGCAUUUGUGGUCCUCAUCAUCCUAAUACAAACAUUAGAGAGUUCAACAAUCCUCAUUAUAAUGAUGGAGAUAGUGAAAGUAUUCCUGAUGAUGACACAGAAGAUUACUGCAAAGAAGUUCGAUGUGUUGACAAUGGGGAUUUAACUUUAGCACUAUCUAGAGAGGAAAGUGGAUCAAGCCAGGAAAUAUCUUCACAUUUGAAUGAAAAUACUGGAGACAGUCAGAUCCAAGAAAACUCAACAUUGCUGGAGCAGAGACUGCAUGAUGUACAGUCAACCAUUGAUUCUCUUGUAUGUCCUUCCCCUGAUCAACAAUCUCCACAGGUCAUGUCAGAAAAUGUGUCAAACUUUAAGAAUCUUAAAUUAACUAGAAGCUGGAGUUGUACGGAAUAUCACAUGACCGGUUCUCCGGAGUCAGUGGGAGAAAUACAGGGGACUCCAGCUAAUGGAUAUGAUAAAGGAUUCCCUGGAAGGCCAGAUGGUUUGCGGACAAAGUUUCCUCCAUUAAAUUAUGAUGGUUCCGUGAGAUUGUUAAGGAAUGGUUCUCAGUCUUCCAUGGGAAGUCUUUCUGUGGACGAGCUUAGAGCCAACAGCAUCAGAACAUCUGCUGAUGAGGAUAUUGCUAGCAUCCAGACUUUUGUAGAUGGGAUGAAAGAAAUGGUAAAACAAGAAUAUGAGAAACAGCUUGUUGAUGGGCAGGACCAUGAGACAGGAAGAAAGGUGAACGUGAAAGAUGUAGGCGUGGAUCCGAUGUUGGAGACAUCUGGAACUCCUUUAGAUUGGUCUCUUCAAUUCAAGAGACAGCAAAAAGAGAUAAUUGAACUGUGGCAAUCAUGCUGUGUACCAUUGACCCACAGGACCUACUUCUUUCUUUUGUUCAGGGGUGAUCCAACAGAUUCCAUUUACAUGGAGGUAGAGCUUAGAAGACUAUCCUUCCUAAAAGAAACAUUUUCCGAUGGAAACCAGUCUGUGAGAGAUAGUCAGACAAUUACACUAGCUUCAAGCGUGAAAGCACUUCGGCGAGAAAGAGGAAUGCUUGUGAAGCUUAUGCAGAGAAGACUUUCCGAUAAGGAGAGAGUAAGGCUAUACGAGGAGUGGGGAAUUUCAUUGGAUUCAAAGCGCAGGAGGAUGCAACUAGUGAACCGUUUAUGGAGCGAAAAUGAUAUGAACCACGUAAUGCAAAGUGCCACAAUAGUUGCCAAGUUAGUGAGGUUUUGGGAGAGGGGCAAGGCCCUCAAGGAGAUGUUUGGGCUUAGCUUCACACCCCAACUCACAGGGCGGAGAUUAUCUUAUCCAUGGAAAAAUAACUCAACAUCACUUCUAUAA